AUGCCUCUCACAGCAUCCGAUGAGGAUGCCGCAACGCGUGCCUCUCAAGAACAACCUUCUUCCAUCUGGAAACGAUUCGGCGCCCGUGUUAGUGGUGCCUUUAGCGGCGCAGACCCUCGAGUCUGUGUCGCUUUCUGGCUUUUCGGCCUUAUCAACAAUGUCUUAUAUGUGAUCAUCCUCUCGGCAGCUGUAGAUCUAGUCGGACCUGAUGUACCCAAAGGCGUCGUUCUCCUCGCGGACGUGGUCCCGUCAUUCGCGACCAAACUUGUCGCCCCGUACUUCAUCCACCUGGUCCCAUAUUGGAUGCGUAUCCUCGUCUUCGUUUUCCUGUCAUCUGUUGGCAUGCUGGUCGUCGCCAUGAGUCCAGGUUAUACCGAUGGGGGAUCGAUAUCAUCCAAGAUCGCAGGAAUCAUCCUGGCUAGCUUUUCUUCCGGUGCUGGGGAGCUGAGCUUUGUGGGUCUCACACACUUCUAUGGCCCGUUCAGUCUGGCUGCGUGGGGGAGUGGUACUGGCGCCGCUGGGCUGAUCGGAGCUGGUGCUUAUGCCCUCGCAACUUCGGCACUGGGCUUAUCCGUUCAUCUCACGUUAUUGGUUUCGGCUUGCUUACCGGCCAUUAUGGUUCUGAGCUUCUUUGUCGUGCUACCUAUGUCACCUCUGAGAUCUGCUGAAUCCGACGCUGAUAGAUAUCGCGUCGUUGAGGGUGGUGGCCAAAUUGAGGAAGAUGAAAUAGAUGAAGGCGCCGGUGGAGAACACGAGGGGCUCUUGGGAGUGUCGCACAAUGCCCCGGCCCAUAAGUCUACCCAUGUCAACGGAGGUAGUUCCUGGCAGGACCAGGCUCGCAUCAAUCUGCAUCGAAUCAAGGGACUAUUCAUUCCUUUUAUGGUCCCAAUGCUACUGGUGUACAUCGCCGAGUAUGUGAUUAACCAAGGUGUAGCUCCCACUCUACUUUUCCCCCUGAGUGAAUCGCCCUUCGAGCACUUCCGCUCGUUCUACCCGACCUACAAUGCCAUCUAUCAGAUUGGCGUCUUCAUUUCCCGCUCUUCGACCCCGUUCUACCGCAUUCACAAUCUGUACCUGCCAUCGCUCCUGCAGGUGGCCAACCUUGCGUUGCUGACCCUCCAUGCCAUGUUCGAUUUUAUUCCCAGUGUAUGGCUUGUGUUCAUCGUUGUUUUCUGGGAGGGCCUCCUCGGUGGAGUGGUAUAUGUCAAUACCUUUGCUGAGAUUGCCGAUCGUGUUCCUAAGGAAGACCGUGAAUUCUCAUUAGGCGCUACCACUGUCAGUGACUCGGGCGACCAUGUCUUGGGGAGACCUUCAACCCGCUUCCGCAAGAUCCAAGUAUUUGCAGUUGUCUCCUUCUCAGAUAAACAUGGCCCACCGUUUAUUCGAUCCCUCUCAUCCCGCUUCACGGGAAAGUUGACAACAUGGCAGACAACAGUUAUCAUAUUCCUCUGGCUCUACCUCAGCCGAAACUUCGCCAAGAUCGUCGGGCUCGAAUGCCCUGAACCAUUGGCAAAUAUGUAUUCGCGGUCAUUCUUUCGAGCAACAUGGAUUACCACGGGUUUGGAUGCUGGAUUUUGGACCGCGAUGAACAUAAAGCCAAAAUGGCUACGAGAUAUAGCGUCAUUAGUCUUCACAGCUUACUAUCUGAUUGCUGCCGAACAGGCGGACGAGAAGGUUCGCCGGGUCCGUGCUACCUUGACACUGGAGCACCUGCGUGUGUCUUGGAACAAAGCCACCAGUCCCUACCUGUGGUCAUUGGCAAAGCUGGUACGGCCGCGAAUGACCCAAUUCCCAGCUCGAGCGAUCCGCAUUCCUCGCCCGGCGCAGUCUGUUUACACUGACCCAGUGCAUGCGUGGCUGUAUUUCGACGGUCCGUUAAGUGCACUCCGAGAUCAGAGUCUUAUCGUGCUGGAUGUACCCGGUGGUGGAUUUGUGGCUAUGAGUCCUAGAAACUCAGAGGACAAGCUGUUGUCUUGGGCAGGACGACUCAAGGUUCCUAUCCUCAGCAUUGAUUACAAGAAGGCACCGGAAUUUGCGUACCCGUAUGCGCUGCAUGAAUGCUACGAUGUAUAUCACAGCAUCAUUGCUACAAACGGUCGUUGCAUGGGUUUGAGUGGUAAGACCCGUCCUCGGAUUCUUGUCACUGGCGAGAGUGCCGGUGGCAACCUGGCAGUGGGCAUGACCUUAAUGGUGUUGCAGUCUGCAAUGUCUGAAGGCUGGCGUGGAGAGGAUGUGCUCCCGGCCCCGGAUGGUGUGGUUUUGGGAUACCCCGCGUUGAACAUGAGGGUCGAGAGUUGGAUGAGCGAUGAGCAGAUGUCAUUGAUCCAGGAGAAGAGCACCCGUCAGACAAACCGGAGUGUUCUGCAACGGAAACAGGAUCAAUAUCGUAAACUCACACCAUUCACAUCACCAGGUGGCUCGGUAGAGGACCUAACUGCCAUCUCGCCACCCGAGAAGGAAAAUGAUAACAAAGAUACCAAUGUGGUCAAUCAAGCGGCCAGGUCGUUGGAGAAGAAACUCCAGAAGAAUGAGGAUAUAGCCCCAAAGCCUGUUGCUAAAGCAGAAGACAAAGUCACACCAAUCAAGACCCGACUAGCCGUCUCGUCCAUGAUCACCUACGUCCACGACCGCAUCCUCACACCUGAAAUGACGCGGGCGAUGAUCAUUCUAUAUAUUGGACCCCACCAUCGUCCUGACUUCAACACCGAUUUCUUCCUGUCUCCCGUCCUGGCCCCAGAUGCAUUACUUGCCCGCUUUCCGAAAACAUACAUCAUGACCGGAGAGCGUGACCCUCUGGUUGACGACACGGUAGUAUUUGCAGGAAGACUGCGUCAAGCGAAGCUACAUCAGUUCCGUGAGCGCCAGGACCUGGGGUUGGAGAGGGCCAACCGCGCCUUCAACGAGAGAAACCAUGUUGAGGUCUCCCUCAUCCCUGGUAUUUCCCACGGAUUCAUGCAGAUGGCUGGCUUCUUCCCCGAUGCGUGGAAGUAUAUCCACCGUAGCGCGGAUUGGUUGGAGAAUCUGUCCCAGAAAAUCAAGACGGACAACUCCGAGGCGGAUUUACUUUACCCAGAUCGGGGUAUGAACACUUUGAAUGCCAAUACUUCCCUCAAAUUGUCCGGCCCUGCAAACAUUCAAGCAAACGCUGCAACCAAGAAACGUAAUCACCAUCGCAAGUUCACUGGCGAGUCCUCCGGUGAUGAUGACAGACCAUUGGAAAUGAGCAUGAGCAAAAUCACGUCCGCUGCUGGUAGCGAGGAUGCACUUGCAUCCAAAUCUGAGAACCGCACGCGUCGAAGAAGAUUACGUUCCUCUUUUGCUUCCUCGCGAGUCACUGGGUUUACAUCGUUGGGAGAUGACCGCAAUGCUAAGGAGGAUUUCCUCGCUAAGCUUCGAUGCUUAGAGAGAGCGGGUCGUUCUGAUCCUUUCGAUCCUGAUGAGACAAAUAGUGCUCCAGAAAGCCCGGGUGUAGUCCGUCCGAGAGGACGGAGCAUUGUUUCUCUUGAUAGUGAAGAGGAUUUACUGGAUCGUCGGAUGAACGGGCUCGCUGGCGGGUUGAUGGGGAUCGGGGAGGGGGCACAGACUCCUGGGCUAUGA